UCGAGUUGCAGUGUGUAUCGUCUCUCUGUCUGUGUUCAUACAGUGAAAUGACAGAAACUCAUAUAUCAGUGGAUCAGGACCAGUUAAUUUGUCCAGUGUGUCUGGAUCUGCUGAAGGAUCCAGUGAUGAUUCUCUGUGGACACAAUUACUGUAAGAAAUGCAUCACAGACAUCUGGGAUCAGGACGAUCAGAAGGGAAUCUACAGAUGUCCUGUAUGCAAACAGUCCUUCACGCCAAGACCUGUUUUAGGUAAAAACAUGAUGGUUGCUGAAAUGGUGGAGAAGCUCAAGACGACGAGGCUCCAAGCUACUCCUCUUCCUGCUUCUUCUGCUGAUCCUCCUGCUGAUCCCCCUGCUUCUGUUCAUACUGGAUCUGGAGGUGUUCAGUGCGACUCCUGCACUGAAAUUAAACAGAAAGCAGUGAAAUCCUGUCUGGAGUGUCGAAGCUCUUACUGUCAAAAUCACCUUGAACAGCAUGAGAGUCUCUUCAAAGGUAAAAAACACAAUCUGAUGGAUGCCACUGGACAACUGCAGGAGAUGAUCUGCCCUCGUCAUGAUAAAAUCCUGGAAAUUUACUGCCGUACUGACCAGCAGUGUAUCUGUAUGCUGUGUUUGGUGGAUGAACACAAAAAUCAUGACACUGUAUCAACUGCAACAGCGAGGACAGAGAAACAGAAACAUUUGGGGGAGACGCAGAUAAAACUUAACCAGAAAAUCCAGAAGAAAGACAAAGACAUUCAGGAGCUGAGGGAGGCUGUGGCGUCUCAUAAGGACUUUUAUCAAACAUCCGAAUUUUGGGCCAUGCUUAUCUUUUCAUACCGACUGGAGAAGGAAGUCAAUGAGCUGAGGAGGAAAGAUGCUGAGCUGAAGCAGCUUUCAGAGACACAGGAUCAUGUUAAUUUCCUCCAGAGUUUGUCGUCUGCCACUGUCUCUCUCUCUGGAUCUACAGACGGCUACAGUGUCAGUCCUCAUCUCUCUUUUGAUGAUGUAAUGAAAUCAGUUUUUCAACUCCGAGACAAACUGCAGCAGUUCUGCAGAGAGACAGAAAAGAUAACUGAAACAGUGAAAACCAUCCAGGUCAUUAUUGCUCCAGAAUAUGAGACCAGAGAGGAGUUUCUACAAUAUUUCCAUCCAUUCACAUUGGAUUCGAACACAAUAUAUUCAAGUCUCCGUCUGUCUGAGGACAACACAGUGAUCACUUCCACCAGCUGUAAUUACAGAUAUCCCAAUCAUCCUGACAGAUUUGACUAUUGGAUAGAGGCCUUGUGUACAGAGAGUGUCAGUGGACGCUGUUACUGGGAGGUUGAGUACGGCGGUAAUGAAGGUGUCCAUAUAGCAGUGGCAUAUAAGAGCAUCAAGAGGAAGGGAAAGAGUGGCGAUAGUCGAUUUGGAUAUAAUGAUCAGUCCUGGAGAUUGUACUGCUGUAACUCCAGUUGCUCUUUUAGACACAAUACCAUACGGACUGUGCUCCCUGUGGUGUCCAGCCGUAAAAUAGAAGUGUAUGUGGAUCACAGCGCAGGAAUGCUGUCAUUUUUAAGUGUCUCUGACACAAUAAGUCUCAUCCACAGAGUCCAGACCACAUUCACUCAGCCGCUCUAUCCUGGGAUUGGAUUGCAAAAUAAAACAACAGUAAAACUGUCGUCUAAAUAUGUAAAUAAAUCAUAUUGCCAUAUCUAAGCAUUGUGAAUUUCUAAUUAUUUAACAGUUAAUAUCUCAGUUGUGAUAAUAGUUUUAGCAAAUUAAUCAAAAGAUGUUUAAGUAU